AUGUUAUAUCCGUAUACUAAUCUCUAUUUAUGUUUUAUUGUUUUAGGUCUGAUCUGCCAUUACAGUUAUGCGCAAAUAACUAAUGUGACGCUAGUGGGUCCGAACCCUAGUCAGGGACUGGUUCAGCUCAUGAAAGACGGAUCCUGGGGAACCAUUUGUGAUGACCAGUUUGACCACGAUGAUGCUAAAGUCGUUUGCAGAAUGGCCUAUCCCAAAGGAGACGUAGCCGUGGCUGCUGUGGAGGGAGUUUUCGGAAACGGGACAGGCAAAAUAUUUUAUGACGAGCUACAAUGUACUGGUUUGGAGACCACACUCGAAAACUGUCGGGCGGAUUCAUUUCACGACUGCUUCCAUUCAGAAGAUGCCGGAGUGAUUUGUGAUUCCAAGGACGUCAAGAUGAGGCUGGUGAAUGGUGCCGCUGAUGGUAUGUCAGGCCGUCUCGAGGUCGAGUUAAACGGCCAAUGGGGUACGGUGUGUGACGAUGACUUCACAUCUAAAACCGCAAAAGUGGCAUGCAAGGAGCUCGGAUUGCCAUCAUUGAACGCGUAUCCUUCAAAUUUUGGUUCAGGGAGAGGUCCAAUAUGGUACGAUGACGUCAUAUGUCAGGGUCCGGAGACUACCCUUCUGGCGUGUAAUAUGACCGAGAUAGGUAACAACGACUGUGACCAUACCGAGGAUGUUGGUGUCGUAUGUACAGACACAGCACCAACUUUCAACGUGCGACUGGUUAAUGGUCAGAAUGCAGAAGAAGGCCGUGUGGAGAUUGAACUCAAUGGCAGAUGGGGGACCGUUUGUGAUGACCUUUGGGAUGAGGUCGACGCAGAAGUAGUGUGCAAUAUGCUAGGUUUUACCAAUGGGACAGCUAAAGGCGUUGGGAACGCCUAUUUUGGGCAAGGUAGUGGCUCCAUCGUUAUGGAUGACGUGGAAUGUAUAGGAACAGAAAAGAACCUCGCCCAGUGUGUGUUCGGGGGAUUUGGUGUUCAUGACUGUGAUCACUCUGAGGAUGCUGGCGUCAUCUGUAAUGGAGAUACAUCAAAUGAAGUAAAGAUCCGUCUAGUGAACGGCGCCAACAACGAAGAGGGGCGCGUUGAAGUGUUUCACAACAAUAGAUGGGGUACUGUUUGUGACGACGAGUUCGACGAUCGAGAGGCCAAAGUUAUCUGUCGCAUGCUGGGAUUCAAUGGAACAGCCCUUGCCCUAGGGGAUGCAUUUUUCGGUGAGGGAAGUGGAACUAUUCAGAUGGAUGAGCUUGCCUGCAGUGGACGAGAGAACAAUAUUGGACUCUGUCGAUUUGACGGCUUCGGAAACAACGAUUGUGAUCACAGUGAGGAUGCCGGUGUCGUUUGUAACGCCGGUAACCAGAAUCUGACUGUCAGACUAGUGAAUGGAAAAUCGGCGACCGAAGGCCGUCUGGAAGUUUUCUAUCACAAUCAGUGGGGAACGGUAUGCGACGAUUAUUUCGGGGCAGAGGAAGCGAAAACUGUAUGCAGAAUGUUAGGCUACCCUACAGGUGAAGCCGAGUCUGUGAAUGGAGGAUUCUUCGGAGAAGGAAUCGGUAGAAUAUGGCUUGACAACGUGCACUGCACUGGAUUGGAAAACACUCUCGACGCAUGUCGCCAUAACCCGUAUGGCACCAAUAACUGCGAUCAUACUGAAGAUGUAGGAGUACGAUGUGGAGGAACGAAUGAAAGCCCGCUACGAUUGGUUGGUGGAGUAGGACCAUUCGAGGGACGUCUGGAAGUGUUUCACAACAAUCGAUGGGGCUCUGUGUGCAGCGAUGGAUUCGGUGUGACUGACGCCAAGGUUGUGUGCAACGCAUUAGGAUUUCCAAGUGACUCGCCAGUGGUCCAAGGAUCACCCGCCUUUGGUCCCGGAACUGGAGAUAUCUGGCUAAGUAAUGUGAAUUGUAACGGAAGUGAACCAUCACUGGACCUCUGCAUUCACGGACAAUGGGGAUCUAACUCGUGCACACACGAGAAAGAUGUAGCCAUCGUGUGUAGAAAUCAUGGCCUCGAGUGCUACCACUGUGACGGACUCACUGAUCCAAGUACUUGUAAGGAAACUCAGCAGUGCGCUGUGGGCGAGGCAUGCGAAGAAGCUUCCUAUAUCAUCGAUGGUGAAACAAGAGUAUCCAUGGCUUGUCAGAGCCUUCUCGUUUGCAACGCUUUAACUUACGGAACAUCAGCUAUCGGACGACGGUCAACAAGACAGGCUAGUGGACAAGCCACACAAGUGAAAUGUUGUACAACACCUCUUUGUAAUAGGGAUAUCAUAACCAUCGACAAUCCUCACACGUCUACGAGUACAGGGCCGUGCGAGGAUAAGAAAAACUAUAACUGUGCCGAACUGGACUCUUUGAGAAUCUGUGAUAACCCACAAGCAGCCAAGGCAUUGUGUCCAAAACACUGUGGCAUCUGUUCAUAA